AUGACCGUUUUUAAUCUACUCACGUUUCCCAACGUUUGUCGAGCAUGUCUGCAAUCGGUACAUCCCGAUCAGAUGAUUGCGCUCGAUACGCAUCGCCCACUGUUGGAGGGAACGAUCUCUAUAUUCCUGCAGGAGAUCUCAUUCAAACUACCUGCGGCUGUUUUACCAUUUCUACCCACUUCCGUGUGCAUCGCUUGCCUAGAGGUGAUGGAAUUCUUCAGCAAAUAUAGACGAAAAAUCAAUCAUCUGCAUGAGUUUCUCGUUGCACUAGUACGGGUAAAGCUAGGGGACGAACGACCACUGCGAGAUCUGUUUGAAAGCAAAAUAGAACAACUGGAGGUGAUGUUCCGGGAUUUGGAUCUUUGCAAUAAGAUAGAUGUAGGAGUGAACGAUCUGUUGGCUGAGUACAACCAGUAUGGUAUUGGUUCCAUGGAACUAACAAGCGGGCACGAGUCGGAUGAAUCUAUGAAGCAAGAGUUUGACUCGGUUUACGACGCUGAGGAAGCAAGUGAAGCGCCAAAAUCAGAGCCAGUUAGAGCUAAGCGAUUGAAAAUAGAGUUUGAACCGGUUGAACUUAACGAUAUCGAAGCCGACGCAGGAUCGGAUGAGAAUGAGGAAGCCUCCAAAGACACAUCUGGCGAAAAAGUCAAAUCACAGCGGAAACAGUUCCAGUGUGAUCAAUGUUCCUAUAAGACGAUGUUUACCAUUGCUCACACCAUCCACAUGAACAAGCAUAAACAGAAUGAAGGCAAAGUUGGGUACGUGUGUAACAAUCCGUACUGCUUGCAGAUGUUCGAUACGGCCAGAGAGCUUAACCUACACAAAAUGAGCAAUCCACACAGUGUAUACGUGUGCGAAAUUUGUGGCAACUCGCUGAAGCAUCGGAUAUCGCUGGAGGUGCACCUGGAGCGGCACGGCGGGAUUACACACUUCCAGUGUAAGUACUGUUCGUCAUCGUUUCAUACCAAAACGGAGCUACAAAAUCAUAUGGCUGCCAUGCACAUCAGCGAUGAUCGCGCGGAGUGCCAGAUUUGCGGUGCAGUAUUUACCAGCAACAAGCUGCUCAAACAGCACACAAAUUCCCACGUUACGGAGCGUAACUACCACUGUUUGCUGUGCAAGCGGUCAUUUAAAACGCAACAUCAUUUAAACCGUCACUCCAAAGCCGUUCAUACGGAUGUGCGGUUUGAGUGUGAGCAUUGCGAAGUUUCAUACAGCAGGCGGGAUAAGUUGCGGAUGCAUGUGGAGAAAGCACACAAGAUACAAACAUACUUCGUGUGCGAUAUUUGCCUCCGAUCAUUCAACAAUGAUGAAGCACUGCAGGAGCACAGCGCGCGGCAUAAACACCCGCAGCAUCUAGAAUGUGGAAUCUGCUUGGUGGUAUGCUUGACCGAGACAGAUUUCAACAGGCACACGUGCAUUACCUACCAGGAUAAUUAUAUUUGCUGUGGGCACGAUUUUAAGCAUCAUCUGGUGUACAACAAGCACAUGAUGCGCCACGGUAUCAAGGUGAAUGCAAGAGUAAAGCCAAAAUCGAACACACUGAUUGGAAUAGAAAGGGCACAGAGAAAAACAGCCGGUUCCCGAUCGUCAAAAUAUUGUCUGCGGAGUGUAGCGAAUGAAACGGAUACAACGCUAAAGUAUGAUUGUGUGGAGUGUGGGAACCUUUUCCGUACUAUCAAGGAGCGGAAUCAACAUACAUGUUCCGUAUUGAUAGAUGAAAUUAUAAUGACAUUAGAAGAUGGUGAAUAA